AUCAAAUCGACCCUCUAGCUCACAGAACCCACAAACCCCCUCCUCGCCCGAUGGCCGCCUCCGCCUCGCCCGCCGCCUCCCCGCCCAGCCGCCGCAGGCGCCGCGACGAUUCUCCACGCCGCGGCGACCAUCGCAAGCCCCGUGGGUCCCCACCACCUUCCCCCUCCCCCGACCGCGAUGCGGAGCGCCGCCGCAGAUCUAGGGCUUCCCCGUCCGACCGCGACCGCCCCCGCCGCGACUCCAAGCCCUCCGAAGACAACGGAAUCGCGAAGCCUAGCGAGGUCGACGACCUCCCUCCCCGGCGCGCUAGGGUUCCCAACGGGGAAGAGGAAGAAGACCGCCGGACGAGGCGCUCUAGGGCUUCCGACGACGAGAAGGAGGACGAGCGCCGGCGGAGGCGCUCUAGGGCUUCUGAAGACGAGAGGGAUGACCACCGCGGCAAGCGCGACCGCGCUCGGCAUCGGGACAGCAGACGCCACCACCGGCGCCGGAGCCCCAGCUCCGAAUUGACAUCCUCCCCUGAUGACCGCCGCAGCCGUCACCGCCGUCAUGAGAGCUCAAGGCGGCGGGUUGAAGACCACGACCGCGAGGAGCGCCGGAGUAGCCCUGUGAGGAAGGAGCCGACGCCACCUCUGCCACCACCGCCGCCACUACCAGAGAUGAUCCCUGGGCGCACGGGAGGGAUCUACAUCCCGCCUUUCCGCAUGGCACAGAUGUUGCGAGAUGUGGAGGACAAGUCGAGCCCCGAGUAUCAGAGGCUCACUUGGGACGCUCUGAAGAAGAGCAUCAACGGGCUGGUUAAUAAGGUGAACGCCACUAAUAUCAAGAAUUUAGUGCCGGAGCUAUUAGCUGAGAACCUGGUUCGUGGGCGGGGGCUCUUCUGCCAGUCGUGCAUCAAGUCACAGAUGGCAUCGCCUGGGUUCACGGAUGUGUUUGCGGCGCUUGUUGCGGUGGUCAAUACCAAGUUCCCUGAGAUCGGCCGGUUGCUUCUUGUCCGUGUUAUGCUCCAGCUCAAGAGGGCAUAUAAGAGAAAUGACAAGCCCCAAUUGCUUGCAGCAACGAAGUUCGUAGCACACUUGGUUAAUCAGGUGGUUGUGCACGAGGUUGUGGCUUUGGAGCUUCUUACUGUGCUUCUCGCCGAUCCAACGGACGACAGUGUGGAGGUGGCAGUGGGGUUUGUGAAGGAAUGUGGAGCAAUACUGCAGGACUUGACUCCUCAAGGGCUUCAUGCUAUGUUUGAAAGGUUUCGAGGCAUUCUUCAUGAAGGUGAAAUAGACAAGCGUGUGCAGUUUCUCAUUGAAGGCCUUUUUGCUAUUAGAAAGGCUAAAUUUCAGGGUUUCCCAGCCAUUCGCCCAGAACUGGAUCUUGUGGAGCAGGAGGACCAAUGCACUCAUGAUAUAUCCCUUGAAACUGAGCUAGACCCUGAGACUAACCUAAAUGUUUUCAGAUUAAACCCGAACUUCGCUGAAGAUGAGAAGGCCUAUGAGAACCUUAAGAAAAGUAUCCUGGGAGAUGAAAUGGAUGAAGAUGAAGAAGGUUCUGAUGAUGCUUCCGAUGACGAGGACGAAGAAGAAUCUGAUGAUGAAGAGGAUGAAGAACAGAUGGAGAUAAGGGACAAAACAGAGACCAACCUUAUCAACCUUCGAAGAACCAUAUACUUAACAAUCAUGUCCAGUGUUGAUUUUGAGGAAGCUGGUCACAAGCUUUUAAAAAUUAAACUCGAGCCUGGUCAAGAGAUGGAACUCAACAUCAUGCUUCUUGAGUGUUGCAGUCAAGAGAGAACUUACCUUCGAUAUUAUGGUUUGCUUGGGCAACGAUUUUGCAUGAUCAAUAAAGUUUUUCAAGAAAACUUUGAAAAAUGUUUUGUGCAACAGUAUUCGAUGAUUCAUCGUUUGGAAACAAAUAAGUUGAGGAAUGUUGCCAAGUUCUUUGCGCAUUUGUUAGGGACUGAUGCGCUUCCUUGGCAUGUUUUGGCUUACAUCCGGUUGACUGAGGAAGACACCACAUCUUCUUCUCGAAUUUUUAUAAAGAUUCUUUUCCAGGAAUUGUCAGAGCAUCUAGGUAUACGCUUGCUCAAUGAGAGACUAAAUGAUCCCAACAUGCAAGAUUCCUUCGAAUCUGUCUUUCCAAGGGAUCAUCCCAAGAAUACUAGAUUCUCGAUAAAUUUCUUCACCUCUAUUGGUCUUGGAGGUAUCACAGAGAGCCUGCGGGAGUACCUGAAGAAUAUGCCUCGCCUUAUCAUGCAGCAACAAAAGCCUGCCUUGUCUGAGUCAGAAUCAGAUGGUGAAAGCUCCGGUUUAGGGUCUAGUUCUGAGUCAGAGUCAAGCUCCGAUGAGCGGAGCAAAAGAAGGAAGAAGUAAGAAUGGGGGAAUUAAAUACAACCACACCUGUGUUUCUUACUUGAUGCAACUGUUGGUUGGGUUUGCAUCUUCAGUUUUGUUCAAAAUAGCUGUUUAGCUGGAUUGCUGCGUUAUGCAUGUGUAUUAUCAGAUCUAGCUGUUGAUGCUUGUCGAAUUCCGGAUUCAAUCAUAAUCGGAAAGCUGUGAUGUAAAAAAGUAUUAGCCGAGCGUGCAGCGAUGCACCAGCUGGUUGCCUUCCUAAUUCAAAUGUGGUGUGGCCAGUCAGAGCCUACAAGGAAGAACUUUUAGUUUUGUUUCAUAAACUUUAGAAUGGAGGACCUUCUGUAUCCUGAGGUUACCUUUCGGGACUGUAGGUUUGCUAUAGCAUUAUUUACAAUGAGCCAAAAUGUUGUACGAUGUGUGAGCACAAAAUUGUAUUUUGAAUUUGAGUUUGUACUAUUUUGAGAUCUAAGGGAGGUCCCACAGCGGAGGCCACCUUUUGUAACCAUUUCCUUUUGAGUUUUUUAGCAAACGAUUCGGACGGUGGCAUGACCACCAACCUAA